AUGCAUGACGUGUGUAACCCGAGUUUUUCAGAAGUUAGCCGGAACAUUAUUCUUGAAUUGAUUGCGGAAAGGAAAGCCGAAUGUUCAUGGCGGCAUUUUCGACGCGCGAAAGCUUCGACUACUUGUGAGACAGUCUUUGCAGUUGCAAGCGUCCUCAGGAUCGUGAUGCUUGGGAAUGUGAUGGCAGACGAGGAAUCCGCUCAGCUGUCGAGUGCCGUAGCUCGAGUUGGUCUGCGGGCGGCUUUCUUGGAUUUCAGCAUCGGAGAUCUCGAGUGGGCAGUGAGUGAAGCGGACUUGUUUGUCCGCUUGGUCAAGGCCCUGGCCACGGAUUCCGACUGCAUUGGCAAUGGCUCAAUAGCCACUUUGACGUUGGUGCGUUACUUGAUGGCAGCCCAUGACGGGUUCCCACUGGCAAGGAAUGAGUUUCGCGAGCGAAAGCGCAGACUUGAGGCGGCCAAUGGGCUGGUCAAUGAUCUCUGCCAGGUGGCGGAUGAGAGAAGAGCGAAACUGGAUGUCAUUGGCGCGCUCUCAUGUGAGUGCUUUGGAGCUCCAUUGCUGGAACACUUUUCGCUCUCUGAAAGCCUCUGUAAGUUGGGCACGCCGUGUCAGGGUGGCGAACUGAAGCAAAGGACCCUUUGUCUACAAGCUUUGGCUGCCCGCUGGGAACGAGUGAAGAAGAAGGAAGUGGAACAUUCAGUUAUUUGGAAGAACUUGAGAAAAUUUGAUGGCGUGCCGAUUGAAUACGAUCGAAUGACGCAGUUGAUGGAGAGCCAGAAACGGAAAGCAUUUCAAGUGUGUGAAACAAGCCCUCCAUCUGUUGAGAUGGCACCUAAGAAAGUUCGGAAAGUUAUAACUAUCCAAGUGAAAAAAGAAAUCAUCCAAAAAAAUGAAGCUGGAUGCAGGGUCAUUGAUCUUGCACAAGAAUAUGGUGUCAGGCACUCCACCAUUAGUACCAUCUUGGCCCAAAAAGAAAAAAUUAUGGCCUCCAGCAGUGCUUUCAAGGGAGUUGCAUGUGUCAGUGGAAAUAGGAGGGCUUCCAUCAAUGAAGAAAUGGAGAAACUUCUGGCAAUCUGGAUCAAUGACAGGCACUUGAAAGGGGACAUCACCCCCACAGGCAUCAUCAUGGAGAAGGCCAGGGAUCUUUCAUCUGCAGAUGAAGAGGAGGAGGAAGGCAGACAACCCAUCCCAACAACUGUCAUCAAGAAGUUUUUAAAGAAUUGGGAGGAGCUUCAAGAAUUUGUCAACAAAAAUCACCCUGAACAAGCUGAGGUAAACAGAGCUGGGGACAUCUACAGUGAGACUGCCAUGAGGCACUUUAGACAGCUCCUAAAAAAGAGACAGAGGCAGACUACCUUGGACAAUUUCUUCCAGGUUUCAGCAUUUUCCAAGCAGCAAAAGAUUGAGUCGUCAGGUUCUGUGGAUCAGCUGGAA